AUGGAUAAUGCCUCUAAAGACAUCCUUGCGGCUGUUCCCGAGGAGCAAUACGGGAGAUAUCGUAUUUCUAGCGAGAUUCUUAAUAUUACGCUAUCGAUGCCUGGUAUUAAGAACCUGGCUAUCGUUGACCUUCCGGGUCUGAUCGGCGACGACGAUGAUACGGGGGCCAAGGAACAGAUUGAAUCUAUUACUAGGAUGUUUAUUAGGCGUCACGACUCGCUUGUUGUUACGGUUAUUCCAGCCGCCUCCGACGCUGGCGGGGUGGAUACGGCGGCACGGACACUGCGUGACCCAGCCGAGAAGAACUUCUACGAUCGCUCCGUCUGCGUCAUUACUAAGCCCGAUGUUGCGAAUCUACACGUGGCCACUGAGCAGGCGAAAGCUUGGAAGAAUGCUUUGACCUUUAGAUACAUGCACUCGACUUUACACAGCAAGAUUGUCGAACACUUGUCAGAUAACAACCGCUCGGUGAAUCAGAUCAAGGACGGUAAAGUUGGUCCUACGUUGCUACGGCCGGCAACUGCUCGCCAGGAACAGUUUUUUGUCGAUGAUUUGAUACAGUAUGCAUUCCGAAAUCGAAGCUUUAUCUGCCCCGAGGAGUUCGGCCCCAGAGGUGCAUCUGUACGCCCUCACGCACUUCACCGCGACGCCGCUCCCACUCCGCCAAAAGAAUGGCUAAAAUGGCCGGUAGAUCAAUGGACCACUGAGAAACAAGAGAUUGAUUUUUUCGUCCAAAAGCUAAAGGACCAAAUGGGUCCCGAAGGUCAGGCUCAGGUCAAUCAUCGCUUUGUUGAGGACCUAUAUCGCUAUAUGUCGGUCAGAUUCCAUGAUAUUGCGGAGCACCAUCGCCUGGUGAUUAUGAGUACAAUCCGCCGCUACUUUGAAGAGACUAUCCUGUACUUCCUCGAAAAUCCGUAUGGUGACACGAUUCACAAGCCUUUUAUCAACGCGGAAAAGUUGGCCCAUAGAUUUUACAGCUCUUACAUUGAUGGCGAUGUGGUCAAACGCGGUUCGGAGGCCAAAGCAGAGCUCAAACGACUGGAGCUUGACCGCAAAGACAUUAUGCUCAGCAUCGAUGCUGAAGCCUACAAGGACAGAAUUGGCUUCAGAAACCUUAAACGUUUUAAGGAGUUACACAGAGCCUCCAUAGUUUUGGCUGCGACUGCAUUGACAAGCCACGAUCCUGAGCCAGCGGACCAGGAGAAACACGCCAGGGCAGCCGGAAUGUUCGAGGAGAGGGAUAUUCUCGCCUCCAAUGCGGAAGAAAAUGCCUACGUCGCGUAUAAGACUUACCAACGAGGGAGAUACGUUUGGGGCCAGAACGUGAUCUAUUAG